AUGAAGAAUUUGGGGCAAAGCAAAAAGGGGGAAGUUUCUUUCAGGAAAAUCUUCAUCUUACAACUUGUAGGGCUGGUGCUAACUUACGACUUCACUAACUGUGACUUUACGGAGAUUAAAAAAGAGUAUUGCCGUACUAUUCGUGAAGACUUGCUUACAUAUAUGAGUGGGACCAAAAGUACCGAGUUCAACACCACCAUCUUUUGUAACAAUCGGUCACACUGCCUUACUGAAAUCCAGCGCCUAACCUUCAAUCCCACCCCCGGCUGCGCGCCGCUCGCCAAGGAACUGUUCGUCUUGAGAACUAACGCUACCCUCGCUCUCUGGUGCCCAGGCUAUUCGGAAACUCAGAUAAAUGCUACUCAGGCAAUGAAGAAGAGGAAAAAAAGAAAAGUCACAACCAAUAAGUGUCUGGAACAAGUCUCACAAUUACCAGGAUUGUGGCGUCGCUUCAUUCGAACUUUAAGGAAAUGACAGUAAACCAUCUUUAUUAUGGUCAUGUUUCACAGCACCAAAAUAAAUCAUCUUUAUUAAGUAGAUGAAACAUUAACUGUGACAAAGAAGACCACAAAUAGUUAUCUUUUAAUUACAGAAGAGUUUCUUAACUUAUUUUUGUAAGUUUUUAUUGUUUAAUGUAAGUUUAUAAUGCAGGGGAAGUACUACUCCUCAAAUAUUGAGGGAAGCUUCCACAACAUUGAUGACUGGCUUCGUGGCAGAAAUUCGCAGCUGUAAUUGUAUCAGCAUUACUCAAGAGGAAAAUCCAAAAGUGUAUUAGAGCUUCAUUCCUUGAAAAAUGAAAAAUAUUUAACUCGACGAUAGCACCUAAAUUUAUGUUUAAAAGGCAGACAUUCUUUCUACAUGUAAUGACACUAAUUGUGUUAAACUAAAAAUUUACAAGAGAAGAAAGUAAAUGCACAUGGGGUUUCACAAAUAGUUGUAAAUAUAACGAAGUAAUUUAAAAUAAUUUU